AUGGCCCGGCACCCGCAACAACCAACGCCACCGGCGAAGCAACAACAGCGAUACCAGCGGCAAGCAAGCGCCACCAGCAGCAAGCAACGCCCACCACCAGACCAGCAACACCCGCCGCCACCCAGCAGCAAACAACGUACCAGCGAGCAAGCAAGCGCCCCGCAACCACCAGCAAGCAACGCCCGCAUCAGCAACCAGCGCCCCACCGCCAGCCAGCAACAGCAACCACCACCACCAACCCAACCAGCACCCGCCACCAGCAGCCAGCAACAGCAACGCCAGCAACCAACAGCACAUACCACCAGCAGCAACAACAACCAACCGCGGCAAACAGCAACGCACCAGCCAGCACCCCACGAACAACCAGCACACCCACCACCACCAGCAACCAAGCACCCACCAACCAGCAACAACCAGCGCCCACCAGCAACCAACAGCACCCACCACCAGCAGCAACAACCAGCACCCACCAGCAGCAAGACACCCACCGCCACCACCAGCAACAACAGCGCCACCAGCAACAGCAACGCCACCAGCAACCAGCACCCCACCACCACCAGCAACAGCACCACCAACAGCCAGCAACAACCACCAGCCAGCAACCAACGCCCGCCGGGACAACGCCCACCAGCAACAGCAACAGCAGCCACCAGCAACAACCAGCACCGCCAGCAACCAGCACCCACCACCACCACAGCAAGCACUGCAAGCAACCAGCGCCCCACCACCAGCAGCAAACGCCCACCGCACCAGCAAGCAGCAUCAGCCGCCACCAGCCAGCAAGCGCCCGCCACCGAGCAGCAACCAGCAAUACCGAGCGAAACCAACAACCCGCCCGCCGAGCAACCAGCACCCACCACCGCCACCGGCAACAGCACACCCAGCAGCAACCAGCGCCACCAGCGAGCAGCACCCCACCACCGCAGCGCCAGCAACCAGCACCCACCACCAGCCAGCAACCAGCGCCCCACCACCGGCAACCAAGCACCCUGCACCCAUCGGCAACCAGCACCCACCAGCCAACCAACACCCACCACCACCGGCAAAACCAGCACCCACCACCGCCAGCGGCAAACCAGCGCCACCAGCCAACCAGCACCCGCCGCCACCAGCCAAGCAACCAGCGCCCGCCAGCCAACCAACACGCACCGCCACCAGCAGCAACCAAGCGCCCACCACCAGCAAGCAAACGCCCCACCGCCAGCAACCAGCACCCCACCGCCACCAGCAAGCAACCAGCACCCACCACCACCAGCCAACCAGCACACACCGCCAAAGCAAGCAGCAACGCCCGCACCCAUGCAACGCCUGGCAACCAGCACGCACCACCACCAGCAACAACCAGCGCCCGCCAGCAACAGCACCACGCCAGCAACAGCACCCACCGCCGGCAACGGCACCCGCCACCAGCCAACAAGCGCCUGCCAGCCAGCAGCGCCCCGCCUGCCAGCAACCAGCACCCACCGCCGCGACAACGCCCACCGCCACCAGCAAACCAGCGCCCGCACCGCCGGCAACAGCCCACCUGCCACCGAACCAGCAAACGCCACCACCAGCACAGCAACAGCGCCUGCCACCAGCGGCAGACGCCCACCAGCGCCAGCAAACCAGCGAUACCGAAGCCACAGCAACCAACGCGCCCACCAGCAACCCAACCAGCACCCCCGCCGCCCAGCAAGCAAAAGCCACCCCGCCACCGCCAGCAACCAGCACACCGCCACCGGCAACCAGCGCACCGCCACCAGCGAGCAACAGCGCCCCACCGAGCAACAACCAGCACCCCUGCACCACCGCCAGCAGCACGACCAGCACCCACCACCAGCGCAUGAAGCACCCGCCACCAGCCAGCAACCAGCGCCGCCACCAGCAACCCAGCGCCCCACCACCGCCAGCCAGCAACCAGCACCCACCAGCAGCAAGCGCCCACCGCCAGCCAAGACACCCGCCUGCACCGGCAACCAAGCAACGCACCAGCGGCAGCACCCGCCGCGGCAACAACCAGCACACCACCAGCAGCAAAACAACGCCCACCGCCACCAGCCAACAACCAGCGCCCACCAAGCAACCAGCACCCACCACCGCCAGCCAACGGCCUCGGCAACAAGCAAACGCCCACCAGCAAGCCAACCAGCACCCACCGCCAACCGAGCGCAGCAAUGA